AUUCUGUGGGAGUGAGGGGCACCGUGACAGCAAAGCCUGCGUUUCGAACGCGUCCGCGGCGUGCCGAGCCCACAGUGAACUUGAGGACCGUGCCCGCUGAUCUUCGCUCCGUCCCAUUUGCCGGUCGCUCUCAGCACGCGCUAGAGGUUCAAGCUCCUGUCUUGUCUAUUCAACGAAACCACCAUGUCCAACUACCACAAACUGGAGUCGAAAACCGUGCAGGAGCUGAAGGACCUGGCUAACAAGCUCCGCAUUCACUCCAUCACCUCCACCAAUGUCACCAAGUCAGGACACCCCACGACAUGCGCCUCCAUGGCCGAGAUCAUGUCCGUGCUCUUCUUCCACACCAUGAGGUACAAGGUGUCCGAGCCCCGCGAUGCCUCCAGCGACCGCUUCAUCCUCUCCAAGGGCCACGCCGCCCCCAUCCUGUACGCCGCCUGGGCCGAGGCUGGACUUUUCCCCACCUCUGACCUGAUGAACCUGCGCAAGAUCGACAGCGACCUGGAGGGUCACCCCACCCCUCGUCUGAACUUCAUCGAUGUGGGCACUGGCUCCCUUGGUCAGGGUCUCUCCAUUGCCUGUGGUAUGGCCUACGUUGGAAAGUACAUCGACAAGGCUUCCUACAGGGUGUACUGUCUGCUGGGUGAUGGUGAGAGCGCUGAGGGCUCUGUCUGGGAGGCCAUGAACUUCGCCAGCUACUACAAGCUCGACAACCUGUGCAUGAUCAUUGAUGUCAACCGCCUUGGACAGUCUGAGCCCACAUCUCUUGGUCACAACAUGGAGACCUACCGCAAGCGUGCUGAUGCUUUCGGCUUCAACUCUCUGGUGAUUGAUGGCCACGAUAUUGAGGAGGUUGCCAAGGCUUUCCAUGAAGCUGCCAGUACCAAGGACAGGCCCACCUGUCUUCUGGCCAAGACCCUGAAGGGCAAGGGCUUCCCAGACAUCGAAGACAAGGAGAAGUGGCACGGAACUGUUCUUGGCGCCAAGUCUGAUGCCGUCAUCGCUCACGUUCAGAAGCAAAUCAAGAACACUGGUGCUGCUCUGUUGAAGCCCCAGAAGCCCUUGAAGGAUGACGCACCUGCUGUCAACCUGACUGUCAAGCUUUCAUCUCCCCCUGCUUACAAGUUGGGCGAUGCUAUUGCCACCCGUGAAGCGUAUGGUACCGCUCUUGUGAAGAUUGGCAAGAACAACCCACGAGUCAUUGCUCUUGAUGGUGACACCAAGAACUCAACCUUCUCUGAGAAGCUGAAGCUUGAGAAUGCUGCUCAGUACAUUGAAUGUUUCAUCGCUGAGCAGAACCUUGUUGGCGUUGGUAUUGGAGCUGCCUGCCGCAACCGUGUCAUUUCCUUCGUGUCCACCUUUGCCACCUUCUUCACUCGUGCUUUCGACCAGAUUCGUAUGGGUGCCAUUUCUCAGACCAACUGCAACUUUGUUGGAUCUCACUGCGGUGUCAGCAUUGGUGAGGAUGGUCCCAGCCAGAUGGCUCUUGAAGAUCUUGCCAUGUUCCGUUCCAUCCCCACAGCCACCGUGUUCUACCCCUCUGAUGCUGUGAGUACUGAGCGUGCCAUUGAGUUGGCUGCCAACACCACUGGCAUCACCUUCACCAGAACCUCCCGCCCCAAGUCUGCUGUCAUCUACUCCAACGACGAGACCUUCCAGGUUGGAAAGGCCAAGAUUGUCAAGAAGUCCGACAAGGACCAGGUUCUCCUUAUUGGUGCAGCUGUGACCCUCUACGAAGCUCUGAAGGCUGCUGAUGUGCUGGCCAAGUCUGGCAUUCAUGCUCGUGUGAUGGAUCCCUUCACCAUCAAGCCCAUUGAUGUUGAGGCUAUUGUCAAGAACGCCAAGGAAUGCGGAGGCCGCAUUGUCACCGUUGAAGAUCACUACCCUGAGGGUGGUAUUGGUGAGGCUGUUAUGUCUGCUGUUGCUGAGCACCGUGACAUUGUUGUGCGCAAGCUGGCUGUCCCCAGAGUACCCCGCUCUGGUCCCUCUGAUGUCUUGCUCGAUAUGUUCGGCAUCAGUGCUAACCACAUUGUUAAGGCUGUUCAAGAUGUUCUUAAGCUUUAAAGUGUUGUUGUAUUCAUUCCAUUAUGUACAAAUAGUUGUUACCAUUUCUGAAACUGUUAACUUAUAAAGUUGUGAAGCUGUGACUUAUUUUAUUGCAACUUUAGGUUUGAAUGAUUUGUUGGAGUGCAUAAAUUUUGUUUUUACAUUAAACUCUGCUCUUUUGGUUUUGUGAAUCUGUUCAGGUGUUCAAUAAACACGCUGCAUUUUUUAAA